UCCAGCUCCGGUCGAUCUGGUACUUCUUUGGGGACAUGGUCAACAUCGUAUCGACUCAGUUUGGGCAAACGAGGCUGGUGAUCGAUCUUACUAUGUUCGAGGUACGACCAAUUUAGUCAGGUACCAUGAGCGUUAUCAGCCAUAUCUCAGAGCAGCGGGCUUGUCUAGUGUUUUGCCCCUGUUCCCUAUGAAUUCUAAUGUGAGUUUGAUUACUGCGCUCGUAGAGUGUUGGCGACCCGAGACGUCGACCGUCCAUAUACCGUUUGGUGAGGUCACGAUCACGUUAGAGGACGUUGUGACAUUGUCCGGUCUGGCGAUCGACGGUGAUGCCUUCGUAGUUGACAUACCGGAUGAGGAGUGUCGGCGAUCUGUUUGAGACUGUUAGGACGGGUUCUGGAUGAUCUUUCAGGCGGUGUCGUUAGGAUUGUUUGGCUGAGGGAUGAAUUCAGUCAUUUGUCGGGAAAUGCAUCCCAUGAGGUUACAAAGCAGUUUGCACGAGCUUAUGCUCUAUCUCUGAUGGGAGGUGUAUUGUUCCCGGAUCGGUCUGGAGCUACGGUGCACCUACAGUACCUACUUCUGAUUGAGGAUUGGCAGAGAGCUGGACGGUUCGCCUGGGGAGAAGCUUUUUUAUCCUACCUGUACCGUGAGAUGGGUAGGUCGGCUUUGCACAUUACACAUUCCUCCACUUCUCUAGGAGGUGACCUUGGUGGAUGGCUCGCCCUACUGCAGCUAUGGGCGUGGGAGCGAUUCCCACAUAUGACACCGCGACAUUCAAAGACGAGGGCGCAGAUUGCCGAGGAUGCAUCCCACGUGGUCUUCGAUGGCUUCCGGCCAACACUCGUCAAUAUGGUGACCAGCUAUUCCAGUACAAGCUGUGGUUUGACGAGAUGGAAACCAUGG